GGCUAGAAAGUUAGGGUUAAGGAGCGAAGAAGUUUCUGCUUUAGCCGAUGUCAGUUUAAACUCAAGCAAGUUGGGAAGUAUGUUCAGUGAAGAUGAAGAGCAAAAAACGUGUAGUUGUGCACAAAAAUACCGGGAAUUUGACGGAACGUGUAACCGUUUACAAUCCCCUAAAGACGAUUCUGCUUUCACCUGUUUGACAAGACUUCUUUCAGCAAAGUACGCUGACGGUAUUUUUGAACCAAGAAAAGCGAAAUCUGGAAGAGACUUACCCAAUCCUCGACUAGUUUCAACUACAAUCCAUACCGAUCAGAACAGAGAAGCAUUUUUCACACAUUUUCUGAUGGUGUGGGGUCAAUUCAUGGAUCAUGACAGUGCCCUCGCUCCAUUUAACAGCGCCCCAGAAGAGGAAGUGAUACUGGGAGAUGGAGCUGAACGUAUGGACUGCUGCGAUUCAGAGCAUAUCAAUGAUACACGAUGCCUUCCGAUCGAAAUUCCUCAAGAUGAUCAAUUCUUUAGUCAAUUUAAUGAAAGAUGCAUGAAUUUCCGAAGGUCUGCCAGCUGUCCAAAAUGCUCACUGG